UAGAAUUUAUAGAGCAGUAGCUUACUAUAAGCCGAACUGUUUGCAAUUAUGCGCAUAAUCGAUCAUGUGUUCUGAUUUUUUUAUGUGUGACAUAUAGUACUAACAGUGUCAAAUAUAAUUGAAAUAAGCUGUAAAUUGAUCAAAUUGAUUCUCUUAGUUCGAAUAAAGUAUACAAAGUUAAAGUGAUUAUAAACUACUAAAAAAAUUCACCAUGUUUGAUGUUUUCGGUUCUGUAAAAGGUCUUCUAAAACUUGAUCAAGUAUGCAUAGACAACAAUAUAUUUCGCCUUCACUACAAAGCAACGGUCGUCAUUUUGAUUGCGUUUUCUUUGUUGGUAACAUCGCGGCAAUAUAUUGGGGAUCCAAUUGACUGUAUUGUUGAUGAAAUUCCUUUAAACGUAAUGGACACGUAUUGCUGGAUUUAUUCGACUUUCACCAUUCCAAAUCGCUUAACUGGAAUUGCAGGCAGAGACAUAGCACAACCUGGUGUUUCCAGCCACGUUGAAGGGCAAGAUGAAGUCAAGUAUCAUAAGUAUUAUCAGUGGGUCUGCUUUGUACUGUUCUUCCAAGCUAUGUUAUUUUAUGUCCCACGCUAUCUUUGGAAGACAUGGGAAGCUGGGCGCAUUAAAAUGCUAGUGCUCGAUUUGAAUAUGCCGGUCGUUAAUGAUGAAUGUAAAGACGAACGUAAGAAAAUUUUAGUGGAUUACUUUGUGGAUAAUAUCAAUCGGCACAAUUUCUAUGCAAUUCGAUUCUUUAUAUGUGAAGUACUAAACUUUCUGAAUGUGUUGGGACAAAUUUAUUUCAUGGAUUUUUUUCUGGAUGGAGAAUUCUCUACGUACGGAAGCGAUGUAGUACGCUUCACUGAAAUGGAACCGGAAGAAAGAGGCGAUCCAAUGGCAAGAGUAUUCCCGAAAGUGACUAAGUGCACUUUCCACAAAUAUGGCCCAUCAGGAAGCGUACAAAAAUUCGAUGGCCUCUGCGUGUUACCUUUGAAUAUAGUAAACGAAAAAAUCUACGUAUUUCUUUGGUUUUGGUUUAUCAUUCUAACCAUCCUGUCUGGAGCAUCACUAGUAUAUCGUUUCACAGUUAUAUUCAUGCCAAAAGUACGUCUCUACUUAUUAAGAGCAAGAUCAAGACUUUCUACACAUGACGAUGUAGAACUUAUAUCAUCCAAAUGUCAAUUAGGGGAUUGGUUCAUUCUGUACCAGCUUGGAAAAAAUAUUGAUCCUCUGAUUUACAAAGAAAUUAUAAAUGACCUUUCUCUUAAACUAGAGGGUAAGGAAAUAGUGUGAACUAAUGUUAUGACGAAAACAAAGAGAAUAAUCAGCGUUGGUUCAUCGAUCCGAAAUACACAUAUGCCUUAAUUGAGAAGUAAAAUCAGUAAGCGAGACGCAAAGCAGAGUAAAAAAAAUGGAUCUCGAAAUGAAAUUGACGGAUUCUCAGCUGAAUCAUACGCAAACUGUUCAUCAAGAAGGUUCUAUAGUUUUUCUAUAUAAUUUGAAAAUGUGAAUUCAAAUAAACAGAACCAUACACAUUAGUACGAUUUCCCGAACGAAGAAGCCUUUAUAAGCCAUAUGAACUAUACAAAUUUUAUUAUCAUAUAUGUACAAUAAAUAAAAUCUGCACAACA